AUGUUUGAAAAGUUCAUCUCUCAUCGCACCCCUGAAAAGGACCGUCGGAAUACAAAUGAUCGGGUUGUGGUAGCUUCUUCAUUGCCUAAUGUGCAUCUGCGAGAUCCACGUCCGAAGUUUGCGGACAUUGAAGCAAUGGAGUUCUGGAAACGCAUAUUCCCCGGCGCCAUGGACCAAUUCAAAUCGAGCCCACCGCAAUCCAAACCACAAUCCCCGGAAUACAAUAUUCGAGACAAGCGGGACUGGCAGGGUAUCUAUCAGGCAUUAGAGAAUGCAAGAGCUCACUACCAGAACCGGGGAGGUGCCGUUGGAAAUCUGCGUUUUCAUCUCCGAAAGGGGGCCGAUGGUAUCGCUCCUGCUGUUUCUGUUACGAGGGCCGUCUCUGAAAUUGCCCCCGGCGAUCCUGUUUUGACGCCUAUUCUCGGUGCUCUUGUCAUACUCAUGGAUGCCGUGAAGACGUCUUCUGUGGUCCGCCAACAGGCUUUGCAGGGCUUAGGUAACCUCACGACCAUUUUUGCAGACGUUGAACUCUUUCUGCGAACAUUUCCAAAAGAUUCCCAUAUCUUGAAUGCAUCACUUUGCCUGAUUAUCACCACCCUUGAUACAAUUGAGCGAGGAAUUGCUUUCUUUAUGAGUGCCCAGGUAGCGCGGAUGGUAAAGGCAGUGGCAUUGGGUGAUAGAUACGGUGAAAGCCUUGUGAAUGGCCUAGACCUGAUCAAUCAGAAAUGCCAAGCUCUCAUGCGAGAAGCGAAUAAAUCGACUCUAUAUCAAGUUCAUUUGGCUUCUCAGGAGGCGUCUAAGGUGCUUUCCCAAUUGUGGGUCGAGACAAAGCAAAGCGUACACCCGGCACUGGAAAGAAUACAAAACAUGAUAGAAAACUUGACUGGGAAGGACCUACCAAUCGAGAAAGGCAGACGUGAGUACUUCACUUCUAACAAAAGGAAAGUCUACAUGGCUCUAACCUAUCUGUAUGAUACAAAGAAAAUUCUCGAGCCGCAGAGGAAGAUCUACUUCGUGCAAUAG